GGUCUGAACCAGGACUAAAGUAAGUCUAAACUAGAUCUAAACCAGGUCUAAAUCAGGACUAAACCAGGACUAAAUCAGGAUUAAACCAGGUCUGAACCAGGACUAAAUUAGGACAAAACCAGGUCUAAACCAGGUCUAAACCAGGACUAAACCAGGACCAAACCAGGACCAUUUGAGGUUUUACUCCAGACUCCUCCGGACUGAAGCAGAGGCUCAGGGGGGUGGGGCCUGUGAGAGGGGCGGGGCCUCGCUAAAAGGGGUGGGGCUAUGGAGAGCUACGGGCUGAAAGCUGGCGGAGCCUUUGACCUGAUGACGUUUUUGAAGCAGCCAAUCACAGUUUUGCGUCUGCUCAGCUGGGUCUUUGCGCUGGUGGUUCUCGGCUGUAUCUCAAACGAGGGCUUCGUGAACAGGCCGGACUCGCCGCUCGACCUCUGCGUCUUUAAUGGAAACGCCGCUGCCUGUCACUUCGGCGAGUGGGCGGGGUCUCUGGCUUUCAUUGUUAGCUCUGCCUUCAUCGCCCUCGACCUGUACUUUCCUCAGAUCGGCUCCGUCAGAGACCGAAAGAGAGUUGUGAUGGCCGACAUCCUAACCUCAGGUGUGUGGAGCCUCCUUUGGUUUGUCUCCUUCUGUUUCCUGGCUCAUCAGUGGCAGGUGUCUGCAGUGGACAGUGAUCCUUUGGGCGCUGGUGCGGACGCCGCACGAGCCACCAUUUUGUUCUGCUUCUUCUCCGUCUUCAGCUGGGGAGGUCUCACUCUGCUCUCUCUGGAGCGAAUGAAACGCAUCUCGUUUGAAGAAGAAUACAACAAACUCUUCACUCCACAGACCUGACCAAUCAGAGCACAGAGGCAAGACCAGACCACCUAACGAGAGAACACAGCCUACACCAGACUGCCCAAUCAGAGAGCAGAGCCAAUACCAGACCACCCAAUCACAGAGCAGAUCCCCGUCCCUUUGU